AUGCCAACGCAUGCCCGGCAGAUAUCGGAGGAGGAGGGGGAUUGCCUUCGGACAGACGAAUCACCGUCUUCAGGAGUAACAACUGAUCCAUUCUCUGCGGCGGACAAAUAUCCCUCGGUGACAACGCUUUGUGAUGAACUAGACUCAUGUGACUUGUCCGACCUACAAGCUAAUGGACAACAAUAUGUUAAUAGUGUGAAUGUAAAUAAUGUACUUCAACAGGACAUCGUGCGUAAUACUGCAGAACUGUUUGCGAAAGACGAUGACGGCGAUACGCCUUUGCAUAUUGCAAUUAUUAUAGAAAAGCUGUGGUUGGUUAGUAUAAUUAUCAAAAUGGCCCCAGCGUAUAAGUUUCUGUCUAUACGAAACAAACUAUUUCAAACGCCGCUCCAUUUGGCGGUCAUUAUGCGAAAGAUGGACAUCGUGCGGCAGCUGGUGUGCGCAGGCGCAGACGUGACGGCAGUCGAUAGGAACGGCAAUACGCCGCUUCAUAUAGCUUGCCAAGAUGGGUUUUACAAAAUUGCUCGUUAUUUGUUAGAGCCAAUGCGAUACAACGAAAUCCAAUUCAAUUCGUACGAAACACCUUAUCAACACAUUCAACAGGAUUUCGAUAUCGCGAACUAUGACGGUUUGACCUGUCUUCAUCUGGCAGUCAUGAAUAGGCACAUGGACAUACUGCAACUCCUCAUCGAACGCGACGUAGACUUGAACAUGAUUGAGAGAAAAGCGGGAAGAACUGUUCUCCACAUGGCGUGUAUUAGUGGUGACAUCAAACUGGUGCGGACGUUAAUGCGUGUUAGAUCGUGCAAUAUAGACCCACGGACGUACAGCGGGUACACGCCCCUUGACCUUGCGCGUGACUAUCACCAGGACGGGGUAUACACGAUCCUUGCAGCUGCAGGCGCGAAACAUGGAAUCGACGGAAAUUUGGGGAACCAAAACGCUCAUGGUCAUAACGACAGAUGUCAACAGAGAUCCGACAUGGAGGAGCGUGUUGGAUAUCACACUAAAAGAAAGUACAAGCGUACGUCCUCUGUUGCUCUUCUAAUUCCCGAGGACCUGGGCUUCCUUAGGACAGACGAGUCGCCAACAAGAGAGGUGUCGACCAAUACGUUCUUGAAAUAUCCCUCGAUGACCUCACUGUGUGAUGACCUAGACUCCUGCGAGCUGUCAGAUCUCCAAUUUAGUGGACAACAAGAAUCAAACAGUAUUCACAUAAACAAUGUACGGUGUGCACAGGAUGUUGCCUGCAAUAGUGAAGACUUGUUUGUAAAAGACGAGGACGGCGAUACGGCUUUGCAUCUUGCAAUUAUUUUGGAUUACCUUUUGUUGGUUACUAAAAUAAUUCAAAUGGCCCCAACGUAUACGUAUCUUUCAAUGCGAAACAAACUCUUCCAAACGCCACUUCACUUGGCGGUCAUUAUGAACCAGAAGCACAUCGUACGUAAGCUUGUGUGCGCAGGCGCAGACGUAACGGCAGUCGAUAGGAACGGAAAUACGCCGCUUCAUAUAGCUUGUCGUGAUGGAUUGUACGAAAUAGCUCGUUAUUUGUUAGAGCCAGUACGAUACAGCGAAAUCCAAUGCAAUCCUUACGAUAUACCUUAUCAGAAAAUUCCGCAGGAUUUUGAUAUCGCAAACUACGACGGAUUGACCUGUCUUCAUCUUGCUGCCAUGAAUAGGCACAUGGACAUACUGCAACUCCUCAUCGAACGCGACGCAGACUUGAACAUGAUUGAGAGAAAAGCGGGUAGAACUGUUCUUCACAUGGCGUGUAUUAGUGGUGACGUCAAACUGGUGCGGACAUUAAUGAGUGUUCGGGCAUGCAAUAUGGACGCUCGGACGUACAGCGGGUACACGCCCCUGGACCUGGCCCUUUGCUAUAACCAGGACGGGGUAUACACGAUUCUUGCGGCUGCAGGCGCGAAACCGGGUGCCGAAUCGAUGGACAGUGACUCGGACUGAAGCACCAAUAUUAUUUUAUUAGCUAGGAUAACCAAAUUAUUUUUUGGUUGAGGGAAAAUUGUAUAUCUGUUCCAUUUAAUUUAUUUUAGUGUAAAUACUUACUACGUUGUAUCGUGUGUUUAUGCUGCACCCAGUACGUUCUUUUCAUGUAUUUAUACAUUGUAUACUGUAAAAGGCCUAAGUUUUAAUAACUAGAAGCCCAAAUAACGUCUUACAAUUUGCAGAUGAAAGUACUUAAAACAUCAACAGUUAGCUCCCUCGCUUGUAAACAUUGGAUAUACGUAUACUUGUCUUCGUAUUGUUUGAAUUUUGAUAGUUUUAAAGGAAACUUAGCAAUAAAAGCGUCCUAUACAUAUACAUAUAAUCAAAAUGCAUGGAAAUAUUAAUUACAAUUACAUAAGCUAAGUCAUUAAAAAACAAUUGUUAUUGAAAAGCGAUGCUUGUUCUUGACUGGAUAGACUGACAAUAUGUGUGUAUUUCGAAGUUUAUGAGGUCCGAGCCAGAGGCUACAUUUUGUAUGGACCUGGAGUGUGCUCCUACCUCUUUAACUUACAAGACUCACGAAAGUUAGGACGAAUUGUGUAUCAAAUCUGCAAUUACGAGCUAUUUCGCCGUUACUGAAAGUUUUUAAAUGUUGGUUUGGUCUUGUGCUGUGGAGAAAGCCGGAGUACCUGGUGGAAACUCCACCUGUCCGGUAUGGUGACCACCAGCCGGAGUACCUGGUGGAAACCCGACCUGUCCGGUAUGGUGACCACCAAUCAAACUCACAUGCUGCCGGGAACGGGCAUUGAACUUUGGUCGCCUAGGUGAAAAGCGAGUUUACCAACCACUGCGCUAGCCGGACAACACCAGGAUAGAUUGACAAUAACAAAUAUUAAGACAUGUACAUCAAUUAUAAUUAAAAUCGAUCUGUGGUAAGAUAUAGUCGUUCAAUACAUUCCAAAAUAUGAUAAAUUGAUCUACAUUUUGUAACACUUAUUCUCUCUGUACUACAUGUAGUCAUAUAUUUUGUAUCUUUAGCAGUCAAUACGCUGUAAUGUCAUAUUUACUUUGUGGAUAUGUAGUCAUCUGAAGUCUUUUGCCGUAUUCGAAUUGAGUGUUUGAGUCCUGCUGGUCAGGGAAAUAUGAUACAGGUAAAGUCGUACUUCUUCGAUUGUAAGUUUAUUAUAUUUUUAUUCGAGAUUAUUACACUUAUGAUUUAAUUGAUACAUGACAUACGUUAUAUGGCAUUUUUAAGUCAUUGUUAAGGUUUAAAAUUACGCGCCAUUAAAAUUGUUGCAAAUUCACGUGUUCAAUGUUUCUGAUCAAGGUUGUUGUUAUUACUGUUGUUGUAUAUUUCAGUCUGUGACUGGAUAGUAAUCUUAUGUUGAUGUUUUUUAAUUUUUAAUGGUGCUCAUCAAAUAAGUUUUGUAAAGUUUACCUGUUAUAAUGUAAAAUAAUUUUUAUGGUGCUUGUCAAAUUAUUUUUGUAAACUUUACAUGUUAUUAUGUAAAAUAAGAAAGUUCUUUAUGUGUUUAAAAAGAUUUCAGGAUAGCGUAUGCACGUUUAUGUGCGUCUUUUUGUGUUAUUAUGUUUUGCUCUAUGCGUUGUUUUGUUUUUUGGUAUAGUAUCAUAUAAGUAGUCACAACUCAUAUGAUGUUAUAUUAAAGUUGUUGAAAAUGUCGGUAUGAUAUUUUGUUUCUUAUGAAAGUGUGCAGGUUGAUCCAUUAAAUCAACGUAUAUUUAUGCAUUAUGCAAUUCAUAUAUUUGUUUCAAUUAGAAAAUUUGAAAAUACAAUCUUAAUUGUUGUUUUCUUAUUUCAAACAGGUUUAUACUUAAAUGACUUAUUAAAAACCUCCAUACAAUUCGUACAACAUUUGUUUGAUAUAAUUAAAUUUUUAUCGGUUUUAUCCCUUAACAUUUGAUUGGCGCUCAUGGUAGUUCGAUUUGGGAGUAAAUGAUGCAAAUGUUGAUUCAGUGUGUGUGCAAACGGAAAAAAUAAAGCACACAAACACACUUUUUAUAAUUCUGUUGGUUUUUUUAUUACAUAUUCCCUCACAUAUUUGUGUCCUUUGCAAUGUAUAAUUGGUUUAAGUCAAUGUAGGUGUAUAGUAACUUACGAAUGAGUUCAAUGACUAGUGCAUACUAUUUGCGUUUAUAACAAGCUUAUAUUGUCUUCCUUUUAUUUUUAUGCCCCCGGAUCGAAAGAUCGGGGCUAUGUUGUUUUUGGCCUGUCUGUUUGUGUGUCAUUCAUUGUGUGUGUCCCAAAACUUUAACCAAAUCUUUAACCUUCGUUUAACUUUUUGAAUAUUCAAGAUAGCAACUUGAUAUUUGGCAUGCAUUUGUACCCCAUGAAGCUGCACAUUUUGAGUGGUGAAAGGUAAAGGUCAUCCUUCAAGGUCAAAAGUCAAAAAAUUCAAUCCAAUGGAAGUAAUAAGCUUUAAAAGGGAGAUAAUUUGUAAACCUGCCAAAUGAUAAAUUGAAAUUUUAUUUCAAAGCUGCGCAACAGGGGGCGUUGUAUUUCUGACAAUCACAUCUCUUGUUUGUUGUUUAUUUUAUGUUUGUUUGUAAAUUUGGCGUAGUAGGCUUUUCAGCUAAUAAUGAGACGUUGCAAAUAUGUUCAGAAUAAGUCCUCAGUUUGAUCGAACCAGUUCGGAUGCCUUUAUUCAAGUAGGUAUAUUCAUUAUAUAUUUUGAAAUUAGCUGAAGCAAAUCUACUACGCCUGUGAUUAUUAUUGCAUGUGUAUCGCUUAAGGAAAUGAUAAUGAGUUGUGUUUACCUCCAAGAACAUUCUUGAACAGGUAACAAUGGCUGAUGUCUAUGCCCUGUGCCAAAAUGUAUGUGCGUCUUUUCUCGCAUAAUGUUGCUCAAUAUUUAUUAUGUAGUGGUAAAUAAGCAUUUUAUAAUGAAUUGUAUUUACUUAUUAUUGUGUUCACAUUUAUUUGUGUCAAUUCAUAUAUUGUCAUACAUUUUAUCCUUCAUUUGUUUGGCCAAGUGGACGUUAUAUUAAGUUAUAUGAGUAUAUGCACUGUAUUUACCUGGAUAUGUUUUUAGAGUGAACACUUUAUGUGCCAUUUGCAUAUUGUAAAUGACUGGUGGGACUUAUUUAUGUAAUUUUUCUCAAAGCAUUAUGCAUAUCAAUUAAAGAUUACAAUGUAAUCGUGUUAUAAAGAAGCAAAUUCAUAUAACGUCGUGUUAAAGUAAACAUGAACAUGACACUUUUUAAAAUAAUGACUUGUUAACAAAGUUUUCUCUAUAAAUUUAUGUUUAAAAAAUCCAUAAUUUUCACUACUUAUUCCAAAACUGGAAUUUGGAGGAAAACAUUGCACGAUGGUCGAUGUGCUCUUGGCAGAUAGUUUCAUCUGCGGCUCAUCAGACGGUAAUUGGGAUGUUGAAAGAUAAAGGCGCUAUGAAAUAUCAUAGUAUUCAGAGAUAACCUUACAGUAUUUAUGUAAUAAUAAUAUUGUG